AUGGUUACUUGCUCCACGUUUUCGUUCAUUUCAAGCAGUUUCAGUGUCAUAUCUUGUACAAGUUGGAUAUUCGCCCAGCUUCCUCAGAUAAUAACCAACUACAAACUCAAAUCGGCUGAGGGCAUAUCUCCACUGUUUCUUCUACUAUGGUUUCUUGGUGACUUCCUAAGCUUUACCAGCUGUUUAAUGAAUGAUGCUGUUUUGAAUUUCCAAUUAUACUUGAGCAUCUUUUUCCUUUGCAAUGAUGUGACGUUAUGUUUUCAAUACUACUACUACAACAGUGUAUAUCCAGCCACAGUACCAACAAUUUAUCAGCCUGUGGAUCCGGUUGUGCGAGAAGAGGUGACAGAUAAUAAAGAUGUGUCGAUACAUGGUGAGGGUUUGCAUAUUAAACGCAAACAUGGUAGAGAAUACCCAUCACUCAAUGAUGGUAGUGCGUCAAGUAGCUAUGAUUCUACUGAGGAGUCUAGUUCCAUGUUGAAAAAUGUCGCAGUAGCUGCGGUUUUAAACAGUGGUAGAGCAAGUGCAUUACUGAUAAGCUCGGACUCCACUAAUACAGCAGUAACUUCAUGGGGACUUGUACUAGCAUGGGGGUGUACAUUAGUCUACUGCAGCUCAAGGUGUCCACAAUUGUAUAAAAACUACAAACGAAAGUCUGUCGAAGGUAUAUCUCCAAUGCUUUUCGGUUCCGCAUUAUUGGGCAACUUAGCCUACACAUUAUCAAUACUAACAAGUUGUGCUUUUGUAUUCGGUGAUGAUCGGACUGACUUUAUAUACAAGGAGUUACCGUACAUUAUAGGGAGCUCAGGAACAAUUGUAUUUGAUGCAGCUUAUUUUUAUCAGAAAUAUUUAUAUCGUAACAAUGGAAAAAACACUUCGGCAAUGUUAUUAGAGCCAUGGGAAGAGAUAGGGCACAAUUUAAGGGUGGGGAUAUAG